AUGAGGGUGUUGGCUGUGUUGACGGCAGGCUUACUGGCAGUGCUGCCUGAGUGCUCUGGUGCAUUGGUCGACCCAUUACGGAACGAAGUGAUUGCGCUGAAUCCCCGUAACAUCAUGGAUUCCUUCAAGCAGUACCGGGACCGGUUCCCGGGUGGUAUAUUGUUCUACAAGGACCCGGCGAAGGUGGAAGAUAUUUUGACGGACUACUGGGAGCCUUUAUCACAAGAGCUGAAGGGGAUCGCAAGGUUCGGCGCAGUGGACUGCACUGCUCAUAGCAGUUUAUGCGAGCAUGAACUGGAAGACAUGGGUCAGUUGGACGCGAGUGGGUAUGUGGUCAGUCUUUAUCCUUCUCUGCCAAGACCCCCUCGUGCUUUAGAUAAAUUGCCUACAAAGGAGAAGUUGAAAAGCCGGAUUUUGAAAUUGGUUCCUCAAGCUAAAUACACGAAUCUUGUCACUCUAGAUGACGCUUCGAAUUAUUUCAAGGUAGAUGCGAAUAUCCCCAAGGCCGUACUCUAUUUGAGCGAUAAGGAGGAGCCGCCGACAUUCUGGCACGCUCUCGCACACACGUUUGGUGAUCGGAUGGCUUUUAGUUUUAUUGGCAAAAAUGGCGACAAGACUAUCGCCCAGAAGUUGGGGCUUUCUCUCGGAACGCCUACAGUCGCUGUUAAAACUAAGGACACUCGAUUGAGCAGUAGGUCAGUGGAACAAAAGAUUUUGAAGAAAAGGCCGAUCAAUUUCCAAGAAAUUCAGGACUGGCUGAAUGUCCAUAGUGAGACGUUCGCUCGAGGGGGCGGUGUUGACCUCAAAGUGGGUGCUUCGAGCCCGGAUCGACCCUGGCUCCGAGAGGAACUUCCGCAGUUGACGAAGGCCUCCCAUAAGGACUUGUGUUUUGGUCUGCGAGAAGGUUUUUGUGCGGUCUACUCAGCAGGACCGGAUGACUUGAACGAGACGGGAGAGGAUCUACGGGACUCGGUUAAGGACCGACUUACGGUUAUUAAGGCUGAAGUGAAGCGACCUGUACUAAAAUUUAGUUGGGUCAAUGCCGAGAAAGAGAAAGAGGUAGCAGGGUCAAUGAAACUGGCCAACGGUAGCUUCGUAAUAAUCAACCCCCACAAAAGACUCCGUUACUCUACAUUGGAAGACGCUAGUACUGUCCAGCACCUGUUUGCGUUCAUUGACAAAAUCAAGUCAGGCGACGGGAAAUUUGUUCCCUUAAAACAGGUGCCUACGUUUGUGGGCAAACAGAAGCAGCCUGACGAGCUGUAG